AUGUGGCCACCGCGUACACUAAACGUCAAUUUACUUUCAAACCAUUUUUUUGGACCUCCGUUCAUCGUACACUUUGCAGUAUUCAUUUCCACGUGUUUCUUCCUCUAUAACUUGUACAUCAGAUUCGGAACAUUAAAUGAUCUCUGGAAAUGUCUCCCAGUCGGAUUGAUCGCCGUUUCGGAUCGACGGACGCACAUGGAAAUAGCGGUUCUGAUCGACGAUAUACGGUUGUUACACUCUGAACUGAGCGAACUAAUGAAAAUAUUUAGUCUAGGUUACGGUCCGUUGCUCAUAGCAUUUUUUACGUCCAAUUUUAUCAAUACGCUUUUUAAUAUUUUUUUGGCGAUAUCAUUCAGUGACUUUUUACCGCACUUCAGUUUGACCGAAAACAAAAUUAUAUAUUAUAUACGAUUAAACCGUAUUUCAAACUUACCCGUACACAUAAAACGACAAAUUAAAAUGUUUAUGAAUCAAAUAUCAGUUUACGAAUCAGAUGAAAUUACCGCUUUUGGAUUGUUCAAAAUAAAUUUGAAUCUUGUUAUAUCGAUGUUAAUGUUAUUAAUUACCGGGAUAGCCACAUCAAUACAAAUGAAAGAACAUCCAAUGGUUUUAAAAUGGAUCAAUGAAAUUCAAUUCGUUGCAGCCCUUCAAUUUAAGAACACAAUUUAUAAGCUAACUACUAAUUCUUCUGUUCAGCAACAAAUUUAA